AUGGCUGUGCCUCCCUUCAGUUCCUCUGCGUGCGGCCUGCCGAGGGGCUGGAACCAGGAGUUCCUGAGUGCGAGGCCCUCCUACUCCAUCAUGUACCACGGGAAGCUCGGAUUCGGGACUCGGGGGUUCUUAAAGGACCCCAACGAAGAGCUCAUUGGUGGCACAGUUACCGUUGACUUGGACUACCGGCAUUAUGACCAGUUCACCCUGAUGAGGCUGUACCUGGCCUUCGAUGCUACCGGCCUCGGGCGCACGGAGCUGGGGUCGGCCUCACCCUUCGAGGUCCAGUUCAAUUUGCCGAAUGGUACCCGGCUGGACUCCCGGGACUUUCUGCUGAUCUAUCCGGAGAACCCGUAUGGGCAGCAGGCGGUGCCUAUUGCCGUGACCGUUUCGGACUGGAUCCUUUUCUGGAACUCUGCCCCGGGUGCCUCCUCGGUGGUCCAGUCAAUCCAAUUCAACGACGAGGACGCCAUCUAUCGCCAGCUCUCGGGCACCGUACGCUGGGUGCCGGGCUCGAUGACCGCGUGGAACCCGGCAGACUAA